GUUGUCUGUCAAAAAUAAAUCGUCAUUGUGGCAUCCUUACAUCCGUUCGCUUUGUAUUCUUUGAAAAUUUUUUUUGUUUCACAUCAUUUAAUCUCGUCUAGUUUUUUACUAUCAAUAAACUCCCAAAAUGAUGGACUGCGUGGAAGAGACUAACCAUGAUCCUCUGUCAGUGCCUCCAGCACAGUCCCCUGUCUCCGGUGACCUCAAAACUGACAAGAAGAAGCCUAGUGAGAAUGUAUCAUUGGUCGAUAACAGCUUGCUGGUGGACAUAUCAGAUGCCCUUAGCGAGAAAGAAAAGGUCAAGUUCACAGUGCACACGAAGACCACCCUGCCGGAGUUCCAGAAGUCAGAGUUCAUCGUGGUCAGGCAGCAUGAAGAGUUUGUGUGGCUUCACGACAGAUAUGAGGAGAACGAGGAGUAUGCUGGCUACAUUAUACCGCCAGCCCCGCCUCGUCCUGACUUUGACGCCUCCAGAGAGAAGUUGCAGCGUUUGGGGGAAGGCGAGGGGGCUCUGACCAGGGAAGAGUUCCUCAAAAUGAAGGAAGAGCUUGAGGACGAAUACCUAGCGACCUUCAAGAAGACAGUAGCGAUGCACGAGGUGUUCCUACAGCGCCUAGCAGCGCACCCCGUGUUCCGGAAUGACUCCCAUCUCCGUGUCUUCCUGGAAUACGAGCAGGACCUGUGUGCCAAACCUCGGGGGAAGAUGGACCUCAUUGGUGGAUUGGGUCUAAUAAAACUUGCACAGCAGAAAACAGCUGGCAAGAUGGUUAAAGUAUUCUUACGACGCCUCACCACACCCCCUGUGUUAGGUAAAGGAUCUCAUCCACAAGAUUACCUGGAGAAAAAGGAACAGUCUGUUAAAACUUAUGAGAAGAUUGAUCCUGUUGGUGGAGUGAUGAGGUCAAUGACCACUACCACAGACGAGAUCUACCUGGGCGCCACGGUGCGAGACGUCAACGAUUUCUUCGAGCAGGAGACUUCGUUCCUUCAGGAGUACUAUUCCCAUCUCAAGGAGGCGGUCGCUAAAGUUGACAGGAUGACUACUAAACAUAAAGAGGUAGCCGACGCCCAUAUCAAGUUGUCGUCGUGUAUCACUCAGUUGGCUACGAGGGAGCAGCCGCCAACUGAGAGGUUUCUCACCAGGGCAAGCGAGACAUUCGACAAAUGCAGGAAGAUCGAGGGUCGUAUGGCAUCGGACCAGGACUUGAAAUUGGCCGACACUCUCCGGUACUAUAUGAGGGAUGCGCAUGCGGCGAAAGCUGUAUUAGUUAGAAGACUCAGAUGUCUAGCUGUAUAUGAAGCCGCCAACAGAAAUUUGGAAAAAGCUAGGGCUAAAAAUAAGGACGUACAUGCUGCGGAGCAAGCGCAGGCGGAGGCGUGCGCCAAAUUCGAACAACUUUCUGCGCGUGCGCGCGAGGAACUCAUCGACUUCCGCACCAGGAGGGUGGCUGCCUUCAAGAAGAGUUUGAUCGACCUAGCAGAGUUGGAGAUAAAACAUGCGCGUGCGCAACAGGAACUCUUCAGAAAGUCACUGCAGGUGCUCAAAGAAUGUCAGUGAAAUAUAUUAUAUUAUAUUUAUACAUAACUGUAUGUUUUUAUAAGUUAGUUAUAGACCUUAUUUAGAUCAAUAGACAUGUUAUCAACCAAUAAAAAAAAUGAGGUUCUUAGUUUUGUAUUCGCUAGUUUUUUUAAAUCUGAUUCGUAAAUACAGGGGGUUUAUUUUUGAUAAUCUAUAUCGUACUGUUUUUUUUAUUACAUUCAGUUUUGCAUAAUUUGUGUAAAUAGAUAAAUUGAUGUUUGAAUACACCCUGUUUGUGAAAAAAAUUAAUAGAAUGGUAGUAAGGUGCAUUAAAGUUGUAAUUAUAUUUAUUUGACAUUUGUUAAAUGUAUAAUUGUAGAAACUAGUCUAUAAAUUGAUCAUCAUAUUCUCCUGCCGUUAGCCCUUGUUCAGGGUCACCUCUCUGGAGAGGAGCCUGGGGUAGUAUACCUUUAACCAUGAAUCCUGGAUUGGGUGAGUCAGGUUUUUAAACGAAGCGACUCCUAUCCGACCUCCGCGACCUUUGCAGGGGAACUUAUAUUUGGAUCAUGGAUUGGAUUUGACUGAAUAUCUUCUAAAUAAAAAGGUUAUAUUCCUGUGUUUGUAAUAAAGUAUAAUAUAUUAAAAAAUAAUAAAAAUAAAAUAUCUGCUCAGUAGUGAGUAUCAAAGACAGAUAGACAAGGCAUAGGAUUUUAUUUAAUAAGUGAUGAUUGUAAUUUUGCCGUGUUGAAAUUUUCAUUUUGGACCAAAAUAUUUUGUUUGUAUAGCAAACGUUUCCAAAUAUAACACAAGUUUUUUAAGUUAUAUUGAAAUUUCAGUAAGAAUUUGGGAUUCCGCCACUGGAGGGCGCUAGUGGUGACUGAACAGAUCUGUCAAAUUUUGGCAAAUAGGAUUUGAACAUUGGGUAUGUCAAUUUGUGAGAAGGUUUUGCGAUAACGGACCUGUGGGCAUUGCUGGGGGCAUUCAUUGUCGCGAACUUUGAUAAGGCACGUGUGUUAUAAUGUCACUAAUUUUGAGGUUUAGCAAAAAGGUACAAGGGAAGGGGAUGUACCAUACCCCCUUGUAACGUCUCUGUGGUUCAAGUUUGAUAAGGUAUCUUUCAUCUCUCUCUAUGUAAACUUGUUUUUGUCAAAUUUGCAAUUAUUCGGCUUUGAUCUGCGGGAAAUGGCACGCGCGACGCCAAUAUUAUCGCGCGAUCAACUAUCGCUGUUUCGCUUUUUUGUUAUAACGUAAAACGGGACAGCGAUAGUUUAUCGCGUGAUUUAAACGUCGCUAAUGUCAUGUUCCAAUGUGUGUGCCAAUUCAAACUACUAUGUUUGAAUUAAAUAUCAUUUACCCUUGAGGUCCCUUUUCUGCAUAACCAAACGAUGAAUUUCAUAAAGUCCCAGUGAUACUAUCUUCUGUAAAGAUUUUAUAUUAUCUCAACAUUUUGAACUGAAAUUGUAUUUAUAAGCUUAAUUUUCGUUUGCACUCGUUUCGGCUAUGCAAUUUUGUUGUUUUAAUAAUCAAAUUCUAAUGUUAUUCUUUUUUUAUCUAAUUGCAAAAAUCGUAAAGUUGCAACAUUGUAAAUUCUUGCGACGAUCAAUGUAAUGUAAGCGAACGUUAUUUCUAAUGUUUAUAUCUAGGAAAAUAUAUAAAUAUCUAAAUUA